AGCAACGGGAUCGGCAUGGGGAACAUGGCGGUGGGCGCCGUCAGGAUGGAGAACUUCAUGGCGGAGCUGCCGAGGAGCAUCUUCUCGUGGGACGGGAGGAACAGGACGCUGUCCCACGACCCGGCGGCCGCGGUGGUGGUCUCAGAUAUGCCGCUGUUUCGGAACGCCCUGGCUAGGCACAUCCAAGUCAACACUGACGAUGAACUUCUCGACCUGAGGGACGCCAUCUUGCGGGCGCCAUUGUGGAUGACGUGUACCAUCCGUUCCCAGAAGUCCGCCAUCUCCAGACUCAGUUCCACCGGGUCUGACGACUACGCAGCCGCGGAGGAGGAGAGCCGGAUAAAAGGUAGUUUUAUCAUGCUGGUGAACACACACCACGCGGGGAUACGGACACAGCUGCUGGAGGCAUUCGCGCACGCCAUCGGCAGGGCCUCCAUGGGCAGACGGUACACACUGAGGGUCAGCUUCACGAACGCGAUGAAGGAAUUCUACAAGGAGUACCUGAGAGGACAGGGGAUCCGGGGCGCCUUCACCAUCACAGGCGCGUCCUUCCGCGUCAGCAGCGCGCACAGGAACGACAGGUGGGCCUUCGUCACCGACCUGUGGAAGAAAACGGGCGAGAUGAGGCACAACGUUCACGCGAAGGUGUCGUACCUGGAGUUCUCCACGCGGGUUAUCCAGGAGAAGCCGCGGUACAUGAAGGAGGUGGACCAUCACCGCUUCCCCAGGGGGUCCUCUCACAGCGGCUACAGGGUGGAGAGGUUCUUCCACGGCUGAGCGCAACAGUCACGGAAAUAGUAUACAAUACUGUAUGGAUUCACACCUUGGAUUAGGCCACAGCAUGUAAUUUUUAUGGAUGAUAUCAGCGCCCGCAUUAAUUUUCGCCUGG